AUAUUUUUAUAAAAAGAGAAAAGAAAAAGUCUCCUUGUAAAAAUCUCCCGUCUUUGCGACUCUUCGCCUUCUUCGGACAAUGGAACAUUCCUUGACCUCACUCGCUGUUUUCCAGAGCGUCUUCCGUAAAGAGGUAAUUAGGAGUUUGCAUGUGUAUGGAUCGGUGGUGGUGGAAAGAGAGUUCUUGUUCGAGAGGAAAAGCCGUUAUGUGGAGAAGAAAGCGGAGCCUCUGUUUCGUUCGGAAGGUCUUCGGCUGCCGGAGAUCUCGGAAGGUUGGGUUUUUGGCACGUGGCGAUGUAUCUUCGUGUUCCGGUUUAAUCACUUCCUUCCUCGGUUCCCUACUCUUCUUUGCCUUUCAAGAAACUCUAAGCUGGAGGACAUCCCUAAUUUAGCCAAUGAGCUCAAGUUUAUCUCGGGGUUAAAACCAAAGAAACCAUCAAUGAUCUCUGACCAGGAACAAUGCAGUAGAGUCAAAUAUUGUAACUUUGAUCAGUCUAAACCGCUAAAGCUUCACUUCAAAGAAGAAAGAGUCUCAGAUUGUGAGGUUGAUCAGCCUAAACCGCGAAAGCUCGUCCUCAAACAAGAUCUCAACUGCCUUCCUGAUUCAGAAACUGAAUCCGAGGAAACUGAAGAUGACCAAAUUGAACAUUCGGAAUCAGAUACUAAGUCAGAGAUACUGAAGAAGAAAAGGACACCAUCAGAACUUGUUGCUGGACUUUCCUUAGAAGAUCUCUCCAAAUACUUUUGUGUUCCUAUCGUCGAAGCUUCUCGGCAUCUCAACGUCGGUCUCACGGUCUUGAAAAAGAAAUGCAGAGAGUUUGGGAUUCCCCGGUGGCCUCAUAGGAAGAUCAAAUCUCUCGACACUCUCAUCCACGAUCUUCAGGAAGAAGCAGAGAAGCAGCUGAAAAAGAACAAAGCCGCAGCAAUGGCGGUAGCUAAGAGACAGAAGAUACUGGAGAUAGAGAAGAGAAAUAUAGUGAAGAGACCGUUCAUGGAGAUACAGAUAGAAACCAAAAGAUUCAGACAAGACAACUUUAAAAAAAGACAUAGAGCUUCCAGAGCCAAGAAGAAUCAAGAAUCUCUUGUCACUUCCUCUUCCAGCUAAAGAUUUUAGGUCUUUUAACAAAAUCAUGGACCAUAUUAGUUAGUUCAGGGUUUCUGGGAUGUGUUUUUUGGUAUCUAGAAAUGUUAGUCAAAAGUCUAACAAGAUCGUAAGCCAUGUUGGUGUGAAUAUCUUUUUUGGUAUCAUGACUUUUUGUGGA